AUGACCAUCACAUUCGCCGACAGACUCAACGCCAGAGUCGCCGACUCUGUCAUCGGGCGAUGGUUCCGCCUCGAAGGCUCUGGUCAUCCCCGUGAGCGAGAAGGUUCCAGGUUCAUGACUGACGUCCGUGCCGGUAUAACAACAUGGGCUGCCAUGGCUUACAUCAUUUCCGUCAAUGCGUCAAUUGUCUCGGAUUCUGGAGGAACUUGCGUCUGCAACGGUCCCAACAACUGUCAAACAGACGAGACAUAUCUGUCUUGCGUCCAAGAAGUGAAGCAAGACCUGAUCACUAGCACGGCUGCUAUCUCCGCUCUUGCCUCAGUACUCAUGGGUGCUCUUGCUAAUCUUCCGGUUGGGAUGGCUCCUGGCAUGGGCUUGAAUGCAUACUUCACUUACUCCGUUGUUGGUUACCACGGGAGCGGUUUCAUCACCUACCGAGAAGCACUAGCAGCAGUCUUUUUGGAAGGAUGGGUAUUCUUCAUUCUCUCAUUGCUUGGUUUGCGGCAAUGGCUGGCACGCAUCAUGCCUCAGUCAUUGGUCCUUGCCGUUGGGGCUGGCAUUGGUCUGUACAUUUCGUUCAUUGGCUUAACUUCCGGCGGCCUGAAUGUGAUCGGAGGAAACGUGACAAACUUGGUGGGAUUGGGCGGAUGCAAUCCAAGUGACUGGGUUAGCACAGAUCUUCCAUACUACUGUGGCACCCAAGUCCUUCGAGACCCAACGGUUUGGUUGGGUAUCUUCACCGGUGGUACUAACCUACUUGGUGACCUGCAGCUUCCUCACCGUUCUGCUCAUGAUGUUCCGCGUGAAGGGAUCUCUCCUCAUCGGUAUCUUCCUGACCUCCAUCAUUUCCUGGCCACGGGAACACUCCUGUCACGUACUUCCCGCACACUACCUCCUGGAGAGCAAAUGUUCGCGUUCUUCAAGCAAGUUGUGGCCUGGCAUCCAUUACAGCACAUCGGUAAUGCGCUAGAUUAUAAUUAUGGUAAGGGCAAAGUCUGGUAUGCCCUGAUCACCUUCCUUUAUGUCGAUAUCUUGGACACUACUGGUACCUUGUACUCCAUGGCGAAGUUCGCAGGAUUGCGCGACCCCGUUACACUUGAUUUCGAAAACUCCACUAUUGCUUACUGUGUCGAUGCAGUCUCUAUCUCUAUGGGAGCCCUUGUUGGUACCAGCCCUGUGACUGCAUUCAUCGAGUCUGCUACGGGCAUUGCAGAGGGCGGAAAGACAGGUAUUACGGCUGUCGUGACUGGCUUGCUCUUCUUCGUAUCGGUCUUCUUUGCUCCCUAUCUUCGCUUCCAUCCCAUCAUGGGCAACUGGAAGCGCUCUGGCGAUGCACUUCCGGCAUUCCUGACCAUUCUUUUCAUUCCAUUAUCCUACAAUAUCGCUUAUGGGGUUAUCGUUGGAGUUUGUUCCUACAUCAUUAUCAACGGCUCUGUUUGGAUCAUUCGCAAAGCCUCCAACGAACGGUUCUCACCACCAAACUACGAUGCCUCUGAGCCAUGGGUUAUCCCCCCCGGCGGCAUAAUCCCUGGCAUGCUUGCAGCAAAUAUCUUCUCAAUCGCCACCGCGCGGCCCGUGAAGGCGGCUUCCGACUAUCCCUUCGAGGACCGUCAUCGUCGAUCUGACGUGUCUGCCGAUUCUGGUAUUGCUGGCGGCCUCUCACCAAAGCAGUCGAGCUUCGAACAAUCCGAAAAGUAAUCACUGCAUCUGCCGCCCGCCAGCCCACCACCACCACCCCCGUCCCGUCCCCUUCUUUCUAACCUUGGAAGGACUGUUCACAACCUUCAAUGCGCACCUCCUCUUUCGUUGUAUAUUGCGUAUUUAAUACCUUUGGAGACAUUAUAUACAUAUGGCGAGACCGUAAGCAUCCCUCCGUGGUUUGGAGGGCGCUCGGGCUUGUGUACCUAUCUGGAGAUACUAGUCAUAGUGGUUUGUUUCUUACAUUUUCUGCACAUAUAAUCAAUCAUCAAUCAUCUUCCUACAUAUAGAAUGCAAAUAGAUGAGAUCAGGAUCUCUGGUACUCAGUACCUCCUUGCCGCUGACGUCGAUGUCGCAACGACUCGCAUGGAGGUUG